CCCCCCCCCCGGCCCCGAGGGAGAGCGCGGCGGCGGCGGGAGGAGGAGGUGGAGGAGGCGGAGGAGGGAGACCGCGAGGGAGGGUCCAACCCGGCCCCCCGCCGCCGGAGCCGCCCGCCACCGCCUCACCGCCGCUAGACCAGGAGCAGCAGAGAACAUGGCGCCGGGGCCGCCGUCGCCGUUGCCGGGAUCCCGGAGGCCGGGGCCGCGCUGAGGGUGCCCAGCUGGAAGAAAUGUUGGCUAUUUGGUGAUGAAAAGUGACAAAAACUGACCUCGUACUGGUAUACAAACACUAUGGGACCUGACACUUUGGCCGUGUGGGCAGCCGGCCCCCACUGAUAAUGUUGGGAAGCUGUCAGGUUCGCUGGAAAACACUAAUCUGAUCUCGGAAGUGGUUGAUUGUGGCAGGAUGUGUCGACAAUGAUGAUGGCAAGAAAGCAAGAUGUCCGCAUUCCCACCUACAACAUCAGUGUGGUGGGAUUGUCUGGGACGGAGAAGGAGAAGGGCCAGUGUGGCAUUGGGAAGUCUUGUCUGUGCAACCGCUUCGUGCGCCCAAGUGCUGAUGAAUUCCACUUGGACCAUACCUCUGUCCUCAGCACCAGUGACUUUGGUGGGCGAGUGGUCAAUAAUGACCAUUUUCUCUACUGGGGAGAAGUUAGCCGAUCCCUGGAGGAUUGCAUGGAAUGUAAGAUGCACAUCGUGGAACAGACUGAAUUCAUUGAUGAUCAAACUUUUCAACCUCAUCGAAGCACGGCCCUGCAGCCCUAUAUCAAGAGAGCGGCUGCGACCAAGCUGGCGUCGGCUGAGAAACUCAUGUACUUUUGCACUGACCAGCUGGGGCUGGAGCAGGACUUUGAGCAGAAACAAAUGCCAGAUGGAAAGCUGCUAAUUGAUGGUUUUCUUCUUGGUAUUGACGUUAGCAGGGGCAUGAAUAGGAACUUUGAUGACCAGCUCAAGUUUGUCUCCAAUCUCUACAAUCAGCUUGCAAAAACAAAAAAACCCAUAGUGGUGGUCCUGACUAAGUGCGAUGAGGGCGUUGAGCGGUACAUUAGAGAUGCACAUACUUUUGCCUUAAGCAAAAAGAACCUCCAGGUUGUGGAGACCUCAGCAAGAUCCAACGUAAAUGUGGACUUGGCUUUCAGCACCUUAGUGCAACUCAUUGAUAAAAGUCGGGGAAAGACGAAAAUCAUUCCUUACUUUGAAGCUCUCAAGCAGCAGAGUCAGCAGAUAGCUACGGCAAAAGACAAAUAUGAGUGGCUAGUGAGUCGCAUUGUAAAAAAUCACAACGAGAACUGGCUAAGUGUCAGCCGAAAGAUGCAGGCCUCCCCUGAGUACCAGGACUAUGUCUACCUGGAAGGGACUCAGAAAGCCAGGAAGCUAUUUCUCCAGCACAUCCACCGCCUCAAGCACGAGCAUAUUGAACGCAGAAGGAAGUUGUACCUGGCAGCCCUGCCGUUAGCUUUUGAAGCUCUUAUACCUAAUCUAGAUGAAAUAGACCACCUAAGCUGCAUAAAAGCCAAAAAACUCUUGGAGACCAAGGCAGAAUUCUUGAAGUGGUUUGUUGUGCUUGAGGAGACCCCGUGGGAUGCCACCAGCCACAUUGACAACAUGGAGAACGAGCGGAUUCCCUUUGAUUUAAUGGAUACAGUUCCUGCAGAGCAGCUGUAUGAGGCCCACUUAGAGAAACUACGGAAUGAGAGGAAAAGAGCUGAGAUGAGAAGAGCAUUUAAAGAAAACUUGGAGACCUCGCCUUUCAUAACUCCCGGGAAGCCCUGGGAAGAGGCCCGUAGUUUCAUCAUGAAUGAAGAUUUCUACCAGUGGCUGGAAGAAUCUGUAUAUAUGGAUAUCUAUGGCAAACACCAAAAGCAGAUUAUAGACAGAGCCAAGGAAGAGUUUCAGGAGCUGCUUCUGGAGUAUUCAGAAUUGUUCUAUGAGCUGGAGCUGGAUGCAAAGCCCAGCAAGGAGAAGAUGGGGGUUAUUCAGGAUGUUCUGGGAGAAGAACAGAGAUUUAAAGCAUUACAGAAGCUCCAAGCUGAGCGCGAUGCCCUUAUUCUGAAGCACAUUCAUUUUGUGUACCACCCAACAAAGGAAACGUGCCCUAGCUGCCCCGCUUGUGUGGAUGCUAAGAUUGAGCACUUAAUUAGUUCUCGGUUUAUCCGGCCUUCUGACCGGAAUCAGAAAAAUUCACUCUCUGACCCCAACAUUGAUAGAAUUAACUUGGUUAUCUUGGGCAAAGAUGGUCUUGCCCGAGAGUUGGCCAAUGAGAUUCGAGCUCUUUGUACAAAUGAUGACAAGUAUGUGAUAGAUGGUAAAAUGUAUGAGCUUUCCCUGAGGCCAAUAGAAGGGAAUGUCAGGCUUCCAGUAAACUCUUUUCAGACACCAACCUUUCAGCCCCAUGGAUGUCUCUGCCUCUAUAAUUCAAAGGAGUCUCUGUCCUAUGUAGUGGAGAGCAUAGAGAAGAGUAGGGAGUCCACACUUGGCAGGCGAGAUAAUCACCUAGUUCAUCUACCCCUGACGUUAAUUUUGGUUAAUAAAAGAGGAGACACCAGUGGAGAGACCCUGCAUAGCUUAAUCCAACAAGGUCAGCAGAUUGCUAGCAAACUUCAGUGUGUCUUUCUGGACCCUGCUUCUGCUGGCAUCGGUUAUGGACGCAACAUUAACGAAAAGCAAAUCAGUCAAGUUUUGAAAGGACUCCUGGACUCUAAGCGUAACUUGAACCUGGUCAGCUCUACUGCCAGCAUCAAAGAUCUGGCCGAUGUUGACCUGAGAAUUGUUAUGUGUCUGAUGUGUGGAGAUCCUUUUAGUGCAGACGACAUACUCUUUCCUGUCCUUCAGUCCCAAACCUGCAAAUCUUCCCAUUGUGGGAGCAACAGCUCUGUUUUACUUGAACUACCAAUUGGACUACACAAGAAGCGCAUUGAACUGUCUAUUCUUUCAUACCAUUCCUCAUUUAGCAUCAGAAAAAGCCGGUUGGUCCAUGGGUACAUUGUUUUUUAUUCAGCCAAACGUAAGGCCUCCUUGGCUAUGUUACGUGCCUUUCUUUGUGAAGUGCAGGAUAUUAUCCCCAUUCAGCUGGUUGCACUCACUGACGGCGCUAUAGAUGUCUUGGACAAUGACUUAAGUCGGGAACAGCUGACUGAGGGGGAGGAGAUUGCUCAAGAAAUUGAUGGCAGAUUCACAAGCAUCCCCUGUAGCCAACCCCAGCAUAAACUUGAGCUCUUCCACCCAUUUUUUAAAGAUGUGGUGGAGAAAAAGAACAUAAUCGAGGCUACUCAUAUGUACGAUAAUGUUGCCGAGGCCUGCAGCACCACAGAGGAGGUGUUUAACUCCCCCCGGGCGGGCUCUCCGCUCUGCAACUCAAACCUGCAGGAUUCGGAAGAGGAUAUUGAGCCCCCUUCUUAUGGCCUGUUUCGAGAAGACACAUCACUGCCCUCCCUGUCCAAAGACCAUUCUAAGCUCUCUAUGGAACUGGAGGUAAAUGAUGGGCUGUCUUUCAUCAUGGGCAACUUUGAGAGUAAACUGAACAACAAAGUACCUCCACCAGUCAAACCAAAGCCUCCUGUCCAUUUUGAAAUUACGAAGGGGGAUCUGUCUUACUUAGACCAAGGCCAUAGAGAUGGACAGAGGAAGUCUGUGUCUUCUAGCACCUGGUUACCUCCGGAUGGGUUCGAUCCUUCUGAUUAUGCUGAACCCAUGGAUGCUGUGGUCAAGCCAAGGAAUGAAGAAGAAAACAUAUACUCAGUGCCCCAUGACAGCACCCAAGGCAAGAUCAUCACCAUUCGGAAUAUCAACAAAGCCCAGUCUAACGGCAGCGGGAAUGGUUCCGACAGUGAAAUGGACACCAGCUCUCUCGAGCGAGGCCGAAAAGUAUCCAUCGUGAGCAAGCCAGUGCUAUACAGGACGAGAUGCAGCCGGCUGGGGAGGUUUGCUAGUUACCGAACCAGCUUCAGUGUGGGGAGCGAUGAUGAGCUGGGGCCCAUCCGGAAGAAAGAGGAGGACCAAGCAUCCCAAGGUUAUAAAGGGGACAAUGCUGUCAUUCCGUAUGAAACAGACGAAGACCCAAGGAGGAGGAAUAUUCUUCGCAGUCUAAGAAGAAACACUAAGAAACCAAAGCCCAAACCCCGGCCAUCAAUCACGAAGGCAACCUGGGAGAGUAACUAUUUUGGGGUCCCCUUAACAACCGUCGUGACUCCAGAGAAGCCAAUUCCUGUUUUUAUUGAGAGAUGCAUUGAGUACAUUGAAGCCACAGGACUGAGCACCGAAGGCAUCUACCGGGUCAGCGGGAACAAGUCAGAGAUGGAGAGUCUGCAGAGGCAGUUUGACCAAGACCACAACCUGGACUUGGCAGAGAAAGACUUCACAGUGAACACUGUGGCUGGUGCUAUGAAAAGCUUCUUCUCGGAACUGCCCGACCCCCUGGUCCCGUACAACAUGCAGAUUGACCUGGUGGAGGCACACAAAAUCAAUGACCGGGAGCAGAAGUUGCAUGCCCUCAAGGAGGUACUCAAGAAAUUUCCAAAGGAAAACCACGAAGUCUUCAAAUAUGUCAUCUCUCACCUGAACAGAGUCAGCCACAACAACAAGGUGAAUCUCAUGACCAGUGAGAACCUCUCCAUCUGCUUCUGGCCCACACUGAUGAGGCCUGACUUCAGCACCAUGGACGCGCUCACGGCCACACGGACCUAUCAGACAAUCAUCGAGCUCUUCAUCCAGCAGUGCCCGUUCUUCUUCUACAAUCGGCCCAUCAGCGAGCCUCCCGGGGCCACACCCAGCUCCCCCUCUGCGGUUGCCUCCACCGUACCCUUCCUCACCUCCACACCUAUCGCCAGUCAGCCGUCGCCCCCCCAGUCCCCUCCGCCCACCCCCCAGUCCCCGAUGCAGCCUCUGCUCCCGUCCCAGCUCCAAGCCGAGCACACGCUGUGAGUCAAGGCCUGGGGCAAAAGGAGGCUGUCUUCUCUCUUCAGAGUGGUGGCACUUGGCCUUGAACACAACCAGGUCCACCGGGGCAGGGGUGCGGAGGGUGUGCUCUGCCCCCUGUCACCUUCUCAAGACCUCAGUGGUAGCACCAGCCAACCACCCACCGUAGGCUGGGCAGUCAGGGGCCCUGAGCCCAGCACCCAGACCUGGGGCUGGCUACAGGCCGUGGCUCGAGGGCCCUGCCCUUUGACAUGGACCCCUUUGAGGACUGAACUGGUCAGGCAGCAGCCCCAGUGGCCCUCCACAUGCUCACUGCUCCCUGGACCGCCCGCGCACACUGGCCUCGGGGCAUCGCCCACUGCUUAGACAGAUCCCCAGCCUUUGCCAGAGGAAGGAGGAAGCUCGGAGAUGCAGGCCACUCGAGGGCAGGCCCGGCAGCCCCUGAGGAGAACGCUUCCCAUCAGUCUCUUCCACCAUCCCCGGCUACACCUCCACUCCCAGUUGGGGGGUACAGCCCAUCUAGCAGCCUCCUUGGGAAUGUGUAGGUCAGGGCUCUGCCACCCCAAGGUACGGUGCUGAGGGCUUCUGCCCAGCCAGUCAGGACACAGGGAGGCAGCUUCGUGCCUGGACCAAGCCAGGGUGCAGCCUCCCCUCACACGCUCGCGCCCUCAUCACAGGCUUCAGGGUGCAUUCCCUUGGCAGCAGACGAACACUGGAAGAAAAAUGGAAAAACCCAUCUAAUCAUUUCUAAAAAGAAAACGGAAGAAACUGCCAGAAGAAAAGUGCAGACCUCAAGAUUUGGCUCCCCUCCCGCCUCUCUGAGAGGCACACAGGUGGCGCGUGGCCCUUCUCUUGUGACGGCAGAACACAGAGGCCCAGGGCGGGUGCCUGAGAGCCUGUUGGGGUCCCACUUACGUUCUGUCCCCAUACCCCUCUCUCCCCCAGGAGGAUGGUUUGUGUCCUUGGUGGGCAGAGCUGGGGAGACCCGCAGACCAGCCUAGAAUUUGGUCUGCCUUUGAACACACUACAGCGCUGUGGAAACACUACUUCAUGUGUGUAUUUGUGUGCGUGCCUGCGUGCGUGUUUGUGCGGGGUAACCUGUGAGGGAGGGGACAGCCAAGGGCUCCGGGGUGCACUGGGGUGCAGGUUACCAGUGUGCUUGGUGUUGAAGUGGGGUCAUCUCCAUCUGGGGCUGUCGAGUACCGCGCCAGCAGUGCUGUUCGUGGGAAGUGGGUGGGCUCUGGUGGUCUGCCACCCUCCUGGUGGACACCCUUCGUGCCCCCAGGGCUGGCAGGCCCAAGGAGCCACAGGCACAUAGGCUGUCAAGAGUCAUAAGGAAAGCACCAUGCCUGCCUGCCACAUCACGCCGCCACCAUUCCCCGGCCUUCCCCAGCUCUUCCUGAAAAACGGCCUUCCCCUUCCCCUCAGCUUCCUGGUCACUGGCCUGCGGGAGAACCCUUCUCCUGCCCCGCCUCUGCCCCAGAAACAGCACCCUUGCCAAGGCUGCUACAGAUAUGGCUGUCCCCCGCUCCUGGUGGCUGAGCCUUGGCCUCAGCAGUGGAGAAGCCUGACACUAAGGUACCCGGGGUGCGGGGUAGAGGGCCCUGUGUGCCACCCAGUCCUCCGGGUCUCUUUGCACUUUAAGCAGCGCCUGUGGUAUGGCCGACACCCUGGGUCACCUCCACUGGGGGCCGACAAAGCUAAGAGCUGCCUCAGCAUGAUCUGCAGCCGCCCCCUCUGCUGACUGACCUUCCUCUGGAUAAGCUGGACACGUACUGUUUUUAGUUCUUGUAUGGCAAAGUAAGGUGCUCGGAAAAACUACAUUCCCCCUGCAAGUUUUACGCCCGCCCCCCUGUCCCCCCGACAGGAACACAAGUCAAAAAGCAAACCCAAGGUCAUGGAUGCUUUAUGUAAAUGUUGGAUGAGGAAUGUUUUUUCUGGUGGAGGUGCUUUAGCUCGGGAUAGGCCAGGAGGCAGUGUGUGUGUGUGUUUUUGGUUUUGACCCAGGUCGGCAGCCCCCGCAGGCAAGUACUGAAGUGGCUGCAUGGAAUGAGUUCCUUUUUCUAGGUCAUGCUCACCUCCUCCCAGUCAGCCCUUCAUGGGGGUGGCCUGGAGCCACUGUCCCUGGUGUGAACUUAACCAGAGUGGCUUGGCUCCCUCCAGUUGCCCAUUGUACACUGCCACCUCCUUUGUGCUGGCACACCCCCCUCCCCCACUCCGCCACCUGCAGCCUCUGCUCUGCACCAGGAACUCACAAGCCCCCAGUGCUCCUGCCUCCCCAUGCCGCCCCAUCCCUGAGACUGCACAGAUUUGCAAAUGGGGAGUAGCUGUGCUUCUUGCCCUCUCCCCUGCAGAGAUAGCUUCUGGCCCUGCAGCGCCCCCUGGCAGCCAUCCUCGGCAGCCGCAGGGCCCCUUCACACUUGCCUGUGUCCAGCCAGGGCUUUGAAGGGGUGCAGGCAAGGCUGGGUGGCUCUUGCCUCUUCAGAACUGCAGUGAGCAGGAAGCUCCAGGGAGCUCCUUUGUUUCUGUUUGCUAACCUUUUAGCUUCUCCUUUCUGCUCUUCCAGGCGAACUCGGGCUAGAGGGCACUUCUUGGUUCUGAGUUAGCACUGCCACUAGCAGCAGCAGCAGCAGGCGCUGGGCUUCAGCUUCCAGUCGGAGGUCUGCGUUUGGACCAAGUGGGUGCUCAGAGGGACGCACAAGGGAGAGUCAGGGUGCGUGUUGGGACACUGCUUUAAAUGGACUGUAGCCCACAGCACUCAGAACUGAGGGAGUGGCUGGCAGGAACUCACCUUGGCCAAAGGGGUCAGCCAGUGUACAGGACUGGCCCCAUGUCCCGUAGCAGAGCAGACUUGUGCCCGGCAGCUCUCUCCCCAGCCCCCAGCCAGUGUGCUUUGGAGUCCACGGGAGUGCAGGCAGCAUUCAGGGGGUGGGCAGCGCUGGGUGUGAGCAGAAGGUUGGUUCUGGAUCUGUGGGAGGGAGGUGGCCCACGCAGUAGGGAGCGUGGCAUGUGGAUCUGCCCCAAGUUCUCAGCUGCAUUGCACAUCAGGUAUCAGCCUCCUAUCAAGUCAGUCUUCCCAUCAUGUGACAUGUUGAGGGGUUGAGUGAAGUGUGCAGUACUGUUUUGGGUGCUCCACACCCCACUGCCACAUUGGUCUUCCAGCUUAAGACAGGAAGCGAGCUUUUGGGAGGUGGUUGCAGCAGAGUGUGUAUGCUAGGGUAGCCAGGGGAUGCAGGAGAGUGCGCCUUCCCCUCUCCUUGUGUUUCAGCUCCAGGGGGUUGGGUGGGGGAAAGCAGGGGCUGGAGGGAGACCUCCCCCUAGGCCUCAGCCCUGAAACUUGAAAACAGCCCACAGCAUUUGUAAUCUGAAAUCCUCUCCAUCCGCAACCCCGCCCAUCCUCCUGUGAGAACACUACUUUGGGAGGGGGUCUCCUAGAGGAAGCAUUGGUGCCACAAUCUUCAUGCACUGGGCGCACAAGCAAAGCCUUUGACCUAUCUCCUGGGGCUCAGCUUUCUGGGGACAGUUGCCCUUCUGUUGCUUGGCAGGUUCAAGCCACCUUCUCUAAGGUGAAAGGACAGUCAGAGUCGUGUAUGCCAGAAACCCAAGUCACACCUGGGGCUGUGCUGCAGGUGGCACCAGGGAGGGGCUGGGUGAGAGGAAAGGCCCUUCAUCUCCCAAGGUCCUGGGCCUCCCCCGGGCUGUGCCUGCGUAGCUAGCUGGGAAGAACUCUUCCCUCCUUCUCUGGAAGCCACCUUCCUGACCCAAGGACCCCACCUCCCAAGGCCGGGGCACCGGCCCCCGCCCCACCGCCCUAGCAAGCAGCAGCAACACUACACUCGAUGUAGUCCAGACAGGCACGUAAGUUAUUGUUUGCAUUGAAGAGAAUCAUGUUCCCUGUGUACAUUUGAAAACAAGAAAUGUCUCUGAAUUGUAUGGGAAUAAAACUUGUUCAAAAAUUUGGAA